CUUACCUGUUUAAUCCAAUCCAUUUUCAUGAAAUCAGGCCCACCGCACUCAUUUCAAUCUUGGCCCAAACCACAAAAUAGAGCCCGAUCCAAUAUCAAAUGGAGCCCAAUCCAAUCCAAGCAAAGAAAAAAAUAGGGCUGACCACUGCACUGUCUGCACGUUCUCCUUCCCCCCUUUUAUUUUCUCAGCAUUGGGCGCUUUUUCGGCUUCGGAGCUUCUGUACGACAAAGAAUCUGGACGGCAGCGGCAAGACGGCUAGGCAAGUGGACGAUGGCAGCACGCGACUGGAUGCGGCGGCGUACAGACGGAUCAGCGGCGUCGAUCUCCUCGAACCAGCGGCGUCAAUCUGAGGACGAUGACGACUCCUUAACGCGGCGCGGCUCCUCAACGCGGAUAAUGGAUGGCGGACUAACCCUCUGCCUGUUGCUGCUGUGUCCUUCAGCGACAGGCUGUGCCGCGUGUGCGUGGGUUCCAGAGGCGGCGAGACCUCUGCUACUAGGCGGUGGCGGGACCUGGGUUGUGGCGACUUCUUCGUACCGCGACCUAGGCGAGGAUGGAGGCAGAGAUCUGGAAGUAGACACGGCGUGCUGCAAUUCUGAUGGGGAUGGGAAUUGACAACUCAAAACAGACCUUUUUUUUAUUUGAGCUCCGAUACCAAUGGUUGGAAAUAAUCUUUUUAUUAUAACUGGAAAUCACUCAAAACCAAUUACAAUAAACUCUCAUAUGUUUCUCAUAUCAUAACUCAAGCUUGGCUAAGAUAUAUAUAGAGCUAAUUAAGCAUAGGACCCAUA